CGGUGGCUCAGUUUCCCAGGACUAUAUUGCAACAAGCCAUGGGCAGCAAGAAGAAGGAAAUAGCCCUGCAGGUUAACAUCAGCACCCAGGAGCUUUGGGAGGAAAUGCUCAGUUCCAAAGGACUAACUGUGGUCGACGUCUAUCAAGGCUGGUGCGGCCCCUGCAAACCCAUGGUGAGCCUCUUCCAGAAGAUGAGGAUCGAGGUUGGCCUGGACCUUCUGCAUUUUGCAUUGGCAGAAGCAGAUCAUCUUGAUGUCCUUGAAAAAUACCGAGGGAAGUGUGAGCCGACCUUUCUGUUUUAUGCAGGUGGAGAGCUGGUGGCAGUGGUUAGAGGAGCCAAUGCCCCGCUGCUGCAGAAAACCAUCCGAGAGCAGCUAGAGGCUGAAAAGAAGGUGCUGGCUGAAGGCUGCGAACGGAAAGUGAUUAGAGACGAGGCUCUCUCUGAUGAAGAUGGAUGCCUCUCCCAUGAUGAAGACAAUGGUGAAGAUGAAGACAUGGCUUCAUCAGGGAAGACCUGCACCUUGGCCAUCAUUAAGCCAGAUGCAGUGGCCCAUGGAAAGACGGAUGAGAUUAUUAUGAAGAUCCACGAAGCCGGUUUUGACAUUUUAACAAAUGAAGAGAGAACCAUGACAGAGGCAGAAAUGCGACUUUUCUAUCAGCACAGAGCUGGAGAGGAGGUAUUUGAGAAGCUGGUACAUCACAUGUGCAGUGGACGGAGCCACCUCCUGAUCCUCACCAGGUCUGAGGACGCUGAGGACGUGAUCACUGCCUGGAGAAUGCUCAUGGGGCCCUGUGACCCUGAUGUGGCAAGGAGGGAGCAGCCUGACAGUCUCCGCGCUCAGUUCGGCACAGAAAUGCCCUUUAACGCAGUCCACGGAAGCCAGGACAGAGAUGACGCCAGCAGAGAACUGGCAUUGCUCUUUCCCACUUUUAAGUUUUCAGACGAAGUUCCAGAAGCUUCUCUGGGCCCUGGGGCAAGGAGCGGCGGGCCCCACUGAGGCAUGUCACUUCCCUGAGGACAUGGAUUGAGAGGCUGGGCUGCAAUUCUGGAGCAUGUGACCAGGGACAAGGCCACGAGAUGAAAUGUCAGUACGCUCGAAUCCGCCACACGUAGGAAAGCUCCAGAAUUGGGACUUAACUCUUUUCAGCAUCAAUACUUUUUUGGUUUGGCUAAUUCUCAAGAACGAUAAAAACAAAAAAUAGUAUAUUCUUUCCUGACUUAUUAAACAGUAUAAAACAUACAGCUUGUUUUUGUUUUUUGCUACCUCUUGGAUUUUAAAAAAUAAGUGGACAUCUGUUAUUGUACCCUCGUGUGAUAUGGUGUCAU